AAUCAACCAAAUUUUACACUGAACCGACUGAAAACCCUUUUCCCCAUAGAACCAAACCCCGCGACCCGUGAUGGAGGAGAAACGCCGGGAUGCGGUUAACUCCCCGGCGGAACCGGAGCUGGCAUCAACUCGCCGUCGGGGUGGAGCGCUGAAGAGAAAAGUUAAUUCGCUUUCCGGGUCUAGUUCUUCAUCAACUCCGUCGAAACGGGUUACUCGGGAGAAGUCAAACUUGAUCUCCCACUCUCCCGUUAACCAUUACGGUCCGUUAACCAGGGCUCGCCAAGGGGCCCCUAGUGGAAACCUAGCCUUGGGUUCGAGUUCGGGAUCGGGUGGCGCAAAGCUUGAGGAGACGAAUUUGGUGAAACAAAGUGUAAAGGCGGAAGAUUUGGAAGAAUUAAAGGCAAGUGAAGAGUUGGAGGCUUUGGAAGCUAAGAUUGAGGCUGAUUUUGAGGCUAUUAGGUCUCGUGAUAGUAAUGCGCAUGUUGUUCCUAAUCAUUGCGGAUGGUUUUCAUGGACAAAAAUUCACCAUCUGGAAGAGAGUAUCUUGCCUUCUUUCUUUAAUGGGAAAUCCCCAAAUCGUACCCCUGAUGCAUACAAGGAGAUUCGCAAUUGGAUUGUGAAGAAAUUUCAUGCAAAUCCAAGCAAGCAGAUUGAGUUGAAAGAUCUGGAAGAUCUUGAAGUCGGUGACUUGGAUGCAAGGCAGGAGGUAUUGGAGUUCCUGGACUACUGGGGUUUGAUUAAUUUUCAUCCAUUCCCUCCAGCUGGUUCUGCUGUGCCUAAUCCCAAUGGGGAUGGGGAUGGAGAUGGGAUGACAGAAAAGGAUUCUUUGCUUGAAAAUUUGUUUCACUUUGAUGAAAUUGAAUCACGCCCACAAGUUGUUACCAAGCCUAACCUUUCAAGCCCAUCUCUACCAUCUGGGCUACUUCCAGAAUCUGCGGUCGCUGAGGACUUGAUGAAUCCGGAGGGGCCAUCUGUUGAGUACCAUUGCAACUCUUGUUCAGCUGAUUGCUCUAGGAAACGCUACCAUUGCCAGAAGCAGGCAGAUUUUGACUUAUGUACUGAUUGCUUUAACAAUGGGACAUUCGGUUCUGGCAUGUCUUCAUCGGAUUUUAUUCUCAUGGAACCUGCUGACCCUGGUCUUAGUGGCGGCAAGUGGACAGAUCAGGAAACCCUUCUCCUUCUUGAGGCACUUGAACUUUAUAAAGAAAACUGGAAUGAGAUUGCAGAGCAUGUUGCUACGAAAACAAAAGCACAAUGCAUACUGCAUUUCGUUCAAAUGCCAAUUGAGGAUGUAUUUUUUAAUUGUGAUGAUAAUAACAUAGACACGAAUUCAAAAGAAACUGCUGGCCCAGCUGCCAUGAAUGAUGAAACAACUGUCCCUAAAGAUGUCUCGGAAACAACAGAGAGUAAGACUACUCAAGAAGAUCAGGCCCAGACUACGCCGAUGGAAACUUCAAAACCUGAAGAUGAAAAAGAAGUCAGGGGUAGUGAGGAACCAUCAGAAACCAAAACUGGAACUGAUGCAAAAGGUGUUAAAGAAACAUUAAAACCAGAAGAUAUGAAUGUACGAAAAGAUGGACUAGAAGCAACUGAAAAUUGUGCCCUUACAGCAAUAAGGGAGGCAUUUGAAGCUGUCGGUUAUAAUUUAACAUCCGAAAGCAAACUUUCAUUUGCUGAUGUAGGAAAUCCUGUCAUGGCAUUGGCAGGAUUCUUUGCACAUCUGGUUGGACCCAACAUUGCUGCUGCUUCAUCCCAGAGUUCACUUAAAUCAUUAUCUGGUACUUGUCCGAACAUUCAACUGGCUGCCAGGAACUGCUUUGUUUUGGAAGAUCCACCAGAUGAGAAGGAACCAACAUGUUCUAAGAGUGUCGCCAAUGAUACGGGUAAUCGGGGUGCUCAGAAUGUGAAACACUCGGGAGACGAAAGCCUCAAGGGGGAUCAGAAAAGUUCAUUGAGCCACCAUGGUGACGAAAACACUGAAGUCUCUCUUCGUGAAGAGAAUGCGACAUCGCCUUCACCCAAUGACCUAACCACGGAUAAAAAAGAGUCAAGCAAUUUUGCCACUAAUGAGGAAGAUAAAAAAGCUAAUUUGAAUGAAUCCAGCAUUAUUAAUCAAUCAAAGGAUCAUCAACCAAGUGUAACAAGGGUAUCAAAUAACUUAACAUCCCAGGUUCUACCAAGUUCUCUAGAGGAGACAGGUGGGAAGGAAACAGCUAAAGAACCUUCUCAGCCUCCAAAAGCAGUGAAGGAAGUAGAUAUGUCUGGUUCUGUUCAACUGAAAAAGAAUGAGCCUUGUGAUGCUGCUGCAUCAAAGCCAGUGGGAGAGCUAUCGGAACCAGCAAAUGCAUCAGAAAAUCUAGAGACAGCUUCCUGCUCUCCAUCCAGAUCAAAGAAUGAGCAAAAAACUGUUAAACCAAUCCCUGAUGGGGAAUCUACGGAGCCUGCAGAUGCAUCAGAUGAUGUUCAACUGGUGUCUGUUUCACAACCAUCUGAAAGGAGUGAACCUCCACAGCCAGUCACAUCGAAUUCAGUAAAUGAAAAUGGAGUAACGACAGACAAGAUCGAAGAAGGUAAAAGCAAGAACCAUGACUCUACAGAGAGAGAAGAUAAUAGUAGCAUUGAUAAAUUAAAGAGAGCUGCAGUUACAGCACUCUCAGCAGCAGCAGUGAAGGCAAAACUUCUAGCAGACCAGGAAGAGGACCAAAUCCGACAACUUACCACAUCAUUAAUAGAAAAGCAGUUACAUAAGAUGGAAGCCAAAUUAUCUUUCUUCAAUGAGAUGGAGGGAGUCGUAAUGAGGGUGAAGGAGCAAUUGGACAGGUCAAGGCAAAGGCUUUACCAUGAGCGAACGCAGAUAAUUGCUGCUCGACUGGGCUUACCAGCUUCCUCCUCUAGAGCAAUGCCGCCACCAAAUGCUGCAAAUAGAGUUGCAACAAACUUUGCAAACUCGGUUGCAAGGCCUCCAAUGAGCAUGAAAGCCCCAAGACCACCAUUGUCGAGACCCAUGGGUUCUAUGACCCCUACCCCUUCCAACCCAUAUGUAUCCAAUACAGUUGCAGGGAGUUCAAUUCGACCUGGUAGCCAAGACAAUCUUUCCUCCGUUGGAACCAAGUAGUCUCUAUUCAUAUUACUUGUGAAUAGAAUUUUUCAAUCCAUUCUUAUACAAGGGUCAUCCAUCUUGAGAUGCAUCUGGUUAGUACCCCCUUUUUUUAUUGUUGCAGUUUCUGUUCUUAACGCUGCCAGUCAUCUUGGGUGCAUUUAAGAACUUGAGAAUAUACUCAAGCUGAACUCAUGGCAUAUUCAUAUCUGAUGUUUUCUGCUAAUUCCAGCCACACCACUGAUUUAUCUCCGGAUACUGCGGCCUAUAUUACAUAAUUGACUGGCAUCAUAUCAUCAUAGGAGGAAGGAGUAGAUGGUUAUUGUUCUCCCUUCAAUCCUAAUCUAGUCAACAACAGUCUAUAGCCUAUGUCUAACUUGGAAUUUUCUUCAAUGCUUUUGUCUUUUUGUAAGUCUAGUUUGUAGUUGAUAUUUUGAGACCUCAAAUGAAGAAUUUAGGUACUGCAAAGUUAAACAUCCGUAACCAUACCAAAUUCUUAGGUCAUCUUUAAGGUCAGAUAUAACCAAUGUAUUCUAUAUUUAUGGAUGAACAGAUGUGUUUUUGUUGUUACAAAAUGGCGUAAAUCUCUUGGUUUGAAGCU